AUGAUCCACUAUUCGUCGGGGUCUGGAGCGCCAUGGAACCACGUCCUGAAUCUGUUCCAGAUGAAGGGGAGCGGGUUCCCUCUGGCCAUCACCUGUGCCAUCGUGCCUGCAGGCGUGACGCUCUACCUGUCGUGGAUCGACAUGUACGGGGACGACGACAUCCUCGUGGACAACACCGCCUGGGGCGGCUUCUCCUUCCUGGUGGGCUUCCUCGUCGUGUUCAGGACCUCGCAGGCCUACAACAGGUUCUGGGACGGCUGCACCUUCAUGCACCGGCUGCAGGCCGAGUGGCUCGACGCCUGCAGCGCCACGAUCGCGUUCACCAGGCACUCCCGGGUCGACCCCAAGAUCGUGAAGGACUUCAAGCACCUCACGGUGCGUCUGUUCAGCCUCCUGCACAUGUUCGCGCUGGCCUACAUCGAGGGGUGCGAGGAGCUCGAGGACGUGGCCGCGCACGACCUGGAGCUGAUAGACCCAGACGGCAUCGACGAGGACACGUGGAACUACGUCAGGCAGUGCAGGAGCUCGGCCGGCCGCGUCACGCUGGUCUUCGAGUGGCUGCAGUGCGUCAUCGUGGAGAACAUCAAGACGGGCGUGCUGGACAUCCCGCCUCCGAUCUUGAGCCGCGUGUUCCAGCAGCUGGCGAACGGCAUGGUCGCCCUCCACGACGCCCACAAGAUCUCCUCGAUCCCGUUCCCGUUCCCGUACGCGCAGACGUGCGACGCGAUGCUUGUGAUGCACCUCUGCGUCACGCCGUUCGUGACCUCCUCGAAGAUGUCAGACCCCUGGUGGGCGUGCCUCCUGGCGUUCAUCCAGGUGUUCAUCCUGUGGUCCCUUAACUACAUCGCAGUGGAGAUCGAGCAUCCCUUUGGCGGCGACCCUAACGACAUUGACUCUACAGGGCUGCAGCUGGACAUGAAUUUCAACCUGCUAAUCCUCCUGCACCCUGCCUGCGAGCGGACCCCGACGCUCUCCUCCAGGGCCAAGAUCCACGGCUUGGUCAAGUUGGGCCGUGGUGCCUCCCAGGGCCUGGAUGCUGGCAUGAGGACGUACAACCAGGUCCUGAGCAAGGAGUUUGUAGACGCGGACGAGCUCCAGCCUGGAGAGUCCUCUCCCAGGGCGAGCGCGGCGAGCGCGUCGUCGCCAUCCAAGGGUCGGCAGAGCGUUGACCGCUCGCCCGCGGAGACCUCCCACAACGGGCACCAGAGAUCGUCGAAGAUCAUGGCCCCGUCCUUCGACGACUUCUGGAACGCCGAGCCGCGGGACGGCCCCGAGAGGCCGCCCCCGAGAGGCGACGACGCCCCCUGCGACCCGGGGCAGCGGCACGGCAGCGGCAGGCCACCUGUGGCCCCGCAGGCACCGGGGAGCCAGGCCCCGCCGGUGCGGCUGAUGUCUGGGCCGAGGUUGAGCGGGAUGGCGAUCGGCUCGGCCGCGCAGUCGCAGGCCGCGUCCUCUCCGGCCGUGUCCGCGCGCUCCACCAGGGCCGAGCACGGGACGCUCCGCCUGGACUCUGGCGUCGGGGUCGCGCCCUCGUGCUACCGGAUGCAGGGAGACCACGACCCGGAGCCGCAGUCGCCUCCACAGGCGGACCUGCAGGCCCUGGUCCCGUGCGGGAGUUCCGACGGGUCGGGCGCCUCGGCGCCGGCGCCGACCAUGCCGAGGCUGCAGCUGCAGUCGGUCGCCGCCCACGUGGAGUCGUCGCCGUGGAGCUUUCACCACCAAACGGAGACCAUAUCGCGUGGGUCCUCGGUCGUCAGCAAGGACGUGACCUUGCCCUUGCCCUGA